AUGUCAACCAAAACACGAAAACAGAAUCGUUUAACAUACGGCGAAUACCACAAGCUGCCUUGCAAAUGGUUUCCUUAGUGAAAUUUUCUUCUAUUUCUUCCAUGCAUUCAGUGAGUGACUCUCAAACACUACAUUUAUUGUUCGAAUAUUAAAAUUUCAACGAGUUGUUGCUCCUUGUGGAAUUUUUUUCCCCACAAUUCUCUUCAGUACCUCUGCGCGUUGAGGAGAAUUAUUAAAAACAGCUUAGCACAUAAUCUGGUUUAACUGAUGCGCAUAGCAAUGCACAUAGUGAGCGAAUGGGUAUCUUCGUUUAAUUUUUGCCUGUACUCCAGCAUUAUGUCCGCUCAUUACCGCGGCUCCAUCAUAGCUUUGUGAAAUCAGUUUGUUAGGGAAAUU